AUGGCAAGAGUAUCAGAUCCUGCGCUUCUUCUCGUGGCUGGAUUGGCCAUAUCUUUAUUUGUUGCAGAGUUGGGGGCGGUUAAGUUUGAUUUAAAGAACCAGUGCGGGUACACAGUUUGGCCAGCAGGACUACCCGGAGGAGGGCAGCAGCUGGACCAGAAUAUGACGUGGAUGGUGGCUGUGCCGGCAGGGACACAGGCGGGAAGAUUCUGGGCCCGAACGGGCUGCUCUUUCGAUGCGAGCGGCGGAGGAACCUGUAAAACCGGUGACUGUGGUGGCCAACUGAACUGCACAGUCUCCGGAGCUGUUCCCGCCACGCUGGCCGAAUAUACCCAGAGCGACCAGGACUACUACAAUGUCUCCCUGGUGGACGGCUUCAAUGUUCCUCUUUCCAUCAACCCUACCAAUUCAAACUGCACAGCUCCUGCAUGCAAAGCCGACGUGAACGCUAUGUGCCCUGAUCAAUUUAAGGUGGAUGGGGGAUGCAAGAGUGCCUGCAAUGUCUUUCAAACCGACCAGUACUGCUGCACUGGCGCCUUUGCCGACAACUGCCCUGCCACAAACUACUCGAUGAUAUUCAAGAACCAGUGCCCUCAGGCUUACAGCUAUCCCAAGGACGAUAAUUCCAGCACUUCCACUUGCCCUUCUGGUACCAGCGACUACAGUAUUGUAUUCUGUCCCUAGAUAUAUAUAGGAUCGUACUCAUUAGAACCUAGAAAUAAUCAGCUACGAGCAUAUCACCCCGUCUUUAGGUAUCUGAUAUAUGGUGGCAUAAAGUAUCAUUUAGUCUAAGGCAUUACAUGCCCGUUUUAAGUCUCAUAGCUUAUUAUAAAUAAAACGUUCAUCAGUA